UUUAACCUUCAGGUCCAACGGAGCGAACGUCUUUCGAUACCUCAACCCACAUAUAUCUGCAAAUAGUACAUAAUGGAACGACUUCAGCGCCUUUUCGGAUCCGCAGCAGGCAUUGGUCAGGGAAUGCAACCUGGAAUGGACACCCCCACCGUAGACAAUGCUGAAAUGGUUUAUAUCUCAUCACUGGCUUUAUUAAAGAUGCUCAAGCAUGGUCGAGCAGGUGUUCCAAUGGAAGUUAUGGGUUUGAUGCUUGGAGAGUUUGUUGACGACUACACAGUCCGCGUCAUUGACGUUUUUGCCAUGCCUCAAAGCGGUACCGGUGUAUCUGUCGAAGCAGUUGAUCCCGUAUUCCAGACAAAAAUGUUAGAUAUGUUAAAGCAGACCGGAAGACCAGAGAUGGUAGUUGGCUGGUAUCACUCACAUCCAGGUUUCGGAUGCUGGUUGUCCAGCGUUGAUAUCAAUACACAACAGAGUUUCGAACAGUUGAACCAGAGAGCAGUAGCAGUCGUCGUCGAUCCCAUCCAGUCUGUUAAAGGAAAGGUCGUCAUUGAUGCUUUCCGAUUGAUCAACCCACAAACUGUCAUGCUUGGACAAGAGCCACGACAAACAACUUCAAAUAUCGGUCACUUGAAUAAGCCAUCAAUUCAAGCUCUCAUCCACGGCCUCAACCGCCACUACUACUCUAUUGCUAUAAACUACCGUAAAAACGAAUUGGAGGAGAAGAUGCUUUUGAAUCUUCACAAGAAGAACUGGACCCACGGCCUUACUCUUCCAAACUUCACAGAUCACACAGAGAUCAAUGAAAAGAGCGUAUCGCAGAUGCUUACGCUGGCGGAAGCUUACAAUAAGUCAGUGCAGGAGGAAUCAACAAUGACAGCAGAACAGCUCAAGACACGACACGUCGGUAAACAAGAUCCAAAGCGUCAUUUAGAGGAGAGUGUGGAAAAUGUAAUGAGUACCAAUCUAGUUAUGGCGUUGGGAACUAUGAUUGAUAGUGUCAGUUUCUAGACUGUGUGCAUAAAUAAAAGUUUGAAAAGGUUCAAAUACGGUUGUGAACUGUUUGGUUUUAUUCCUGUUACUACAUUACAAGGUUCAAUCAAUCAGCAGAGUGGACAGGGCAUCCUUUCCCUCUUCGAAACCAAUCGUGUAUACAAUGGCGAUGAUAUGAGCAAAGACAAUUAAGUCUUGCAACCGUAUCGCCUAUGAAUGUAUUUUUAGACAGAGGGCAAAAAUAAGUGCAAUACUAAAGAGCUGCUCCUUACCUUCAGUAAAGUCUUCAAAGCAAAUCGUACAUUCUUGUCCAAUCAAUGCUGAAUCAUCUUUCAAACGAUACACUAGGAAUAAAUCGGUACCACAUUAUGAGCAUGAAAUAGAUCAACGGACAUAGGCU